AUCGACACCCACUAUCGAGCGGUUAGUAGUCGGCCAGAAGUGAUAGAGUUCGCAUAUUUAUUGCCAAUCGCGCGAAAAGUUUACAGUUUGUGUCACACGCCGCGCAAUGACAGUUGUUCCGUUCCGCGGUCCACCCCGGUACAAUCCGCGGCGCCGGUCCGGCCUCGGCUGGGGCUCGACGCUGUCUCGCAUUUACGGCGGUCCGCCGUCGCCCUGCCCGUCCGAGCAUCCGUUCAGCUCGGCCAGCUCCAGCCUGUCGGAGGGCUCGUCCAGCCACCGGAGCCACGAGGAUGACAUUAGCAUCGUGACAGACAAAAGUCUCGGCGACACGAGCGACAUCAUCAGCGACUCUUCCGGCGUCGGAACCAACUCGGAUUCGGCGGCCUGCUCGAUUGGCCACCCGAGCACCACCGUCGUCUGCAUGGAGGGCUACGAGGCGGGCCUUUCCGGCCACAUCCAGAUCCAGCCCGGGGACGUGAUCGAGGUGGUCGGCUCGACGGAUUGCGGCCUGCUGGAGGGCUUUGUCCGUGGGACCAACAAGACCGGGUUCUUCCCGGCGCACUGCGUCCAGGAGGUCCAGUUCCGGCAGAAGAGCAUCGUCAACGUGUCGACGUCGGCGCCAAUGCACCAUCAUUACGUGAUUAACAUGGGCGGUGGCGGCGGCAGCGGAGAGGGCUCGGAACAGGGUCAAGGACAGGGCCAUGGACAGCAGCAGCAGCAGGGGCAGUACAACAGUCAGACGGCGCCGCGGACGAAAAAGGCGACCACCGGAGAACCGCGGACCGUGGUGCUGCACCGGGCCAAGCGUGGCUUUGGGUUCAUCCUGCGCGGGGCCAAGGCGUCGUCCCCGUUGAUGCAGCUGAAGCCGUCGGCGCGCUGUCCGGCGCUGCAGUAUCUGGACGAUGUCGACCCGGGCGGGGUGGCCGACAUGGCCGGGCUGAAGCCGGGCGAUUUCUUGCUUGCCAUCAACAACGAAGACGUCACGUGUGCCUCGCACGAGCACGUGGUCGACCUGAUCCGCAACUCGGGCUCGCUCGUGUCGAUGACGGUGGUCACGCUGCCGCACAAUCUGGUCAACUCGAUGCUGGACGCGGCCACGGCCAUGUCCAGCACUCACCAGCAGGCGGACACCGGCAGUCAGCACUCGAGCGGAUCCGGCAUGAGCACGCCCGUUUCCUGCUCGGCCGCGGCAGCUCGCCAGUGUUCGACGCUGCCCCGGCGGAUGAACGGGGGGCCGGCGAGUUUGGCGGGCUGCAAGAUGCCGGCACCGAUGCCACCGCGGCGAGAUCCAAAGACAACCCUUAGCGUAGGACGAGCACGUGCCAAAUCGAUGGUCGCCGGGUUGGAGGGUGGCGGCGAGAAGGACGAUGAUGAGGGGAUGGGAUCGGGCCAUGGCAAGUCAACGUCGGUGGAAUCACUGCAUCAGCAGUUGUUGCUGCAGCAACAGUCGCAGUCGGCGAUCAGCACUCCGACGCAGGGCGGUCCGGGGACGCCGGUGCAACCGCGGACGGCGAGCAUCAAGUCACGGCCAACGUCUAGUCGAAUAACGGCCGCCGAGUUGGAGGAGCUGUUCCAGCGGCAGCAGGGCGUGGACGCGAAUCGAUGUUCGAUGCUGAUGUCCAGCUCGCGGUUCCAGAGUGGGUUCGAUAGUGGUGCGGCGACGCCGCCGACCUCCCCCCAGAAGGGACCAAUUGUGUACGCGAGCGUGGCCGAAAUGAAGCGCAAAAAGUCGUCCAAGAUUGGCACGCUCAAGGGUCGACCCAUUCCGAUUCCGCAGGUCGGAUCCGAUCUGAAGCGCAUCUUCCACAGCACGCCGGAUCUCGCGGGGAUCUCGGCCGGAUCGAUGGCCUCGGAGCUCAACAGCAGCGCCGGAACGUUGACGCCGUCGGCCAGCUGGUUCAACACCGUCGGCCACAAGGGCCACCGAUCUCAAGACGACAUGUACAGCCUUCAUAUGUCGCUGCAAAGACUGAACCUUCCCCCGCCGAACCAUCCGCCACCGCCACCCCCCGUCGGCCAGGUCGUCAAGGUGGAAAUCUCCCGCGGGUCCGAGUACGAAUGUCUCACCGCGCUUCAGAAGCACAUCCAGGCCAAGGCCAAACAGCAGCAGUCCAAAAUGCUCGACUCCGAAGUCAUGUCCAGCUUCAAGCCGGCCUCGAACGCCAAACUGUACGCGUCCCCCCAGGACAUCCGGAACGUGGGCUACCGAACGACGAGUGUCACAUCCGCAACGAGCAGCAGCAGUAGUGGAAACAGCAGCAACAGCGGCAACAGCAGUACCACCACAGAGGUCCGCAAAUCGUCCUCAAUCCGGUCGACCGCGUCGAGCACGACGACCGGUGGCAGCGCCAUCAACGUCACAACGGUCACAAUCGGCGGCGGAGCCGCGACAGCGACCAUCACCAACUCCACCAACAACAAUUCCGGAGGUGGUGGCAGCAAUCCGUACGCCCAACCGGGUCGGCCCGCGGUCAUGCAACAGGCUGCACAACCCCAGCAGCAGUACAAAAAUCCACCCGGGGCGCCACCCCUUCCGGAUCCGGACUACAGCUUGAGCGAUGAGUCGGACACCGAAGAGGACAACUCGGUGCGGAUGGUGCGGGCGAACCUGAAGAAGGUUAACGGGGCGGAUGGAGCGACGGGGACGAUGGCGAAUAGCGUGGGUGGGAAAGGGGCAACGGUGAAUCCGGGGAUGGCGGCUGAGACGAGCGGAAACAGCAACACAAGCGGUAGCAGUUCCGGCUCCAGCUCGAUCCCGCACUCCUUCUCCGUCGAGGAGAUCCAGAAGAUCCGCACCAAGCUCAAGUCGUCCAAGUCCUACCCCAACGACUUCCUGCGACAGCAAAACGCCCAGCAGCAGCAGCAACAACAACAGGAAAACGCCGACCGCGACCGCCAGGACGACGCCGGCGACAACAGCUCUUCGGGCGUGAGCAGCGACCAGGAGGUGACGGUCACGUGCAACGAGGUGCCCAAACCGAUGGCCCUGCUGGAGCAGAAAAAGAUGGCGGUGAUGAUUACGCCGGCGAAGGUGCCGGUCCAGCUGCCGGAGGUUCGCAGUGACGAGGACGAUGGCGACCAGAGUCCGAGUCCGCCGGCGACGGGCUUCCAGCGGCACAACUCGUUGACGCGGAAGCAGGCGGCCACGAUUGCGGCCCAGCGGGCGAAGGCGGCUGCCGCGCAGAACAUUCAGCAGCGGCACGCGGUCACGCUGGCCACGUUGCCACCGCCGAUCGAGGCGGAUUCGGACGAGGGGGAUGGAGGGGCGGCAGCGGUGCUGCCACCGCCGGCGGAAUUUAGCGAUUCGGUUGGGGGGUGUUCGCAGCCGCAUGGAGGGGGAGGGGUUCAUCAUCACCACCACCAUGGGCAUGGGCAUCAUGGUGGGGGUGGGGGAGCGGGGGCUGGUCAGUACGUCACCGGACACAAUCCCAACUGCAAGCGGGUCCGCAUCGUGGGCGCCGUCCCAAAGGUCAAUCGGCUAAACAGCCAAUAAGCGACGGAUAGACUAAAAGAAAAACUAUACAUUUAGAUAGACACGAUUAAUAGCACCACACACACAAACACACUCAGUCUAACAAGCAUUUUAAAGGUUAGAAUUUAAUAAGGUUAGCGGAAGCAGCAACUAGAGCGCGAUCGUUUCGUCUUGUAAAGGAACCUUUUUAAACUGGCCUACGGAACCGAAUAACUAGAAAAAAAGAAGCUUGUUUCAUUCGAAAAAAAUGCUUAACUCCAUCAAACGUUUAGAGAAAAUCGAAACUAUAAAAAAAACACUUUCGUGCAAUAUCCAAUUCGGUUCGUUAUCAGCUGACAAAAGUGUGUGAAGAAAAAACAAGCUCAAAUCGUUUAGCCAAAAAAAAGAGAGAAAAAAAAUCAUUCGACGGUGAAAGUUGGUGAAUUCCAGAUGUAAUAUUUUUUCAGUGUAGACGAAAAGCGCGCGCGCGCGUCGAAAACGUCCUUUCAAGUGCUGUUCGCCAUCCAAGUAAGCACGUGAACCAUUUGAGAAUUCGAUUUCAAAAUAGGCGCGCGCGCAGCUCGCGUCGUCGCAUGCUACGAUGAUUUUGUUCGGUGGUAAGAAGUAAUAGCAACAAGCCUCUUUGGUUUUUGAUUAAGUGUCCUUUCCUUUUUUUUUAGUUUGGAUAAAUGUGUAUAGAAUAUAUUCAUUAAACAUUUCGUUUAGAGGAUUAGCAGAACUUUACUUGGUUGUAAGAUUUAUUUUUUUGCUCUUUUCUUUCGAUGAUUUUAAAACGGCACGGAAAACUGUAUAAAUUUAGCACCUUUUGAGCGACAAGUUUUAACCCUCACGUGCGCACGUGCAUUAUAUAAAGAAUCACUUCAAACUUUCUGUCUUUAAUUAAUUACAUUAAUUAACAAGUCAACAGAUAAGUGGACGAGAUGAGCGAAUCCCCAACCUGCAGCAAGCAGUCUGAGGAAGAUGAGCGAGAUGUUUGGAGGAAGGUCAAUGUUUAAGUAUACUCUACACUUAGUUGUAACUCACAAACACUGUUGUACAUUUUAUUUUCGCGCCCCUUCCCUUGUUUGCAUAACACAAACCCGUUCUUUUGUAAUAUUUAGUGUUUAAAUUCCUUUAUACAAAAAACACAUACACCACUAGGAGAGGAAACUGAAGAAAAAUAGCAGAGAAGACAAAAAGACACCGAUUCCCCUUCCCUUGAAAAACUACCGAAUAAAGCAAUGCGUGAAUUAAACAACAUUUGUAAACAUAUAUUUUUAUACGUUUACGCACCUUAUAAAAAAAGCGAGGGAAGAGAAUAACCGAAGCGAAUACAUUUUAGACAACAACAAAACAAGUAAACUUAUUAAGCACCUCACGUUUCCCCCCAAACAAGUAAAAACGCAUUACAAAAAAAAAGCAAAACAAAAAUAUCUCAUCGUCGUAUAUAAACAAACAAACAAAAUAUGUAAUGAAACAAAAGUGUACCGACAAAUUACGAUGGCCAUUUAAACGUAAACGCGUAACGAAAGCGAAAUUUUACUAUUGACAAGAAGAAAUUGAAUGAAAAAAGUGAAUAAGAAAUAUUAGAGCAAACGCAAAUUAUGCCGCCACCAAUACAAAAAAAAAACAAACACGAAUAAAGCAAAUCUGUCCGCGCUAAAAUCAAGCACACACACAAAGAGAAAAAAAAAGAAGUCUAGCAAAACA